AUGACAGAACCCACAGCCGAGAUCGUGGAACCCAAAAUAGCAGGCAACUACUCAGCACGCAAACAGAAUCGAUGGGUACACCAUUCUUUGGAGAAAGAUGCCCCUGCCGGAGACGUGGCCGAAGAAAAAACCGUUCCACCCCACGUCCGUGAAGACGUGGAUGAGAUCCAUAAAACGGUCUCUCGUUUCCAUGUUUCGCCCGCACAGCUCUACUCUACGGACUCAGGUAAACUUUAUCACGCUGGGUCUAUCUGUAUUGUGAUGGUGGGCCCUCCAGCGCGCGGCAAAACCAACUUGUCCAUUAGUUUGUGUCGUUACCUGCGAUGGUUAGGGGUCCGUGCUAAUUUGUUUCAUCUCGGAGACUACCGCAGAAGCAAAACCACUACUGUGCCGUUCGAUUUUUUUGACCCAAAGCCAGAGAGCGAGGAAGCAAAAGAGGUCCGUCAACAACUUAUCAAACUAGCAAUGCAAGAUGUGCUAAACUUUUUCCAGAAUGACAUGGGUCAGGUAGCCAUAUACGACGCAGUUAACGGAGUAAGCUCCGAAAGACGCGAAUUGGCAGAGACAAUGCAGAAAGCCAACGUCAAGGUGGUGUUCAUCGAGAGCCUUAUUGACGACAAAGAACUGCUCGAAAGUAACAUUGCUGAUGCUGCUCAGUCACCUGAUUACCUCAACUGGGAUGAACAAGAGGCCAUCGAAGAUUACAAGAAGCGUAUUGCUGCCGUGGAACACUCUUACGACGAAAUGAACGAGGAAGAAUUAACUUACAUCAAGUUUGUUAACUUUGGAGAAAAGCUUUUGGUCAACAAGUCCAAACACGAUUUCCUCACCACCAAAAUAAUAUUCUACCUGAUGAACUCCAAGAUCAAGAAGGGUUCCAUCUAUUUCGCAAGAUGUUCUAACAACAAGCUGGAUUUCAAGAGUGACCCCCCACUCGAUGCCAAAGGCAGAGACUACGCCAAGAAACUUUCCAGCACCAUGGUGAACCACUUCAAGAGCAGGGGAUAUGACUCUUUGCCAAGCGACCUUUUCGUUUGGACAUCUGUGAGACUCAGGACCACACAGCUAGCUCAAGUGUUCAAGGAUAUGGGUUUGAAUGUCAAACAUCGUCCUGAGAUGACACAAAUGAAUCCUGGAGAUGCUGAUGGCCUUACAGAUGAACAAUUGAAAACCGUUUUCCCGGAGGACUACAAAAAACACCUCCUUGACCCGUAUCAUCACCGGUAUCCAAGAGCUGAGUGCUACCACGAUCUCGCAUUGAAGUUGGAGCCACUAAUCAUGGAGAUCGAGAGAAUGACUAACGAUGUUCUUGUGAUAGCUGAUGAGACAAUUAUUAGAGUCUUCUACGGAUACCUAAUGGCGUCGUCAAGCAGUGACAUUCCGUUUCUGGAGUUCCCACAAUCAGAGAUCAUUAAGAUCACAUACAAUGCAUACAUGAAUCAAGCCACAAGAUUCAAGAUCGAGGGAUUGGAAGGUGUGUAA